GGAUGUCGGUAACUGAUAGGUAGUAGUCUUUCUUGUAACCUUAUAAAUUUCUGCAUCACCUGACAGCCGUUGAAGAUCAACAAAUGAACGGAGUUUACUGAUAAAUUCUCCAGAACCACCUUUGAUGAAUUCAAAAGGACCGUAUACGAUGCUCGGAUUGAUCCGAAGGAUGAUACCCAUAUAACUACGAUUGAAACCUACUCGACGACGUUCAACUUGUGUGAUGUUGUAAAGAGGAAUUUUAGGGGGAAUAUGAUCAUCUGAAAUGUUGCCACUAACUGGGAUCCAUUGUAUCGCAGUGUCUUCAGAAUUAGGAGAGAGAAGAAAUAAGGUCCCGUUAAUGCAUUCACUGUCGGGUGUAAAAGAGACAUCUUUCCACUUUUCACAUGUUCCUUCUGAAAAACUCAUUGCGAUAUAAUUCCGAAUAAUCUAAAAGGCAGCAAGAAGAAAUGUCGAUCCCAAAACCUAAAAAGCUCGUAUUGA